AUGAGUAAAUUCACUUCUUCCCAAAAUCAUGAGGUGAGGAUUACACUUGCAUAUAACUUUGAUAGAACGGUUGGUCUUAUGUAUGUGGCAGGGCAAAUUAUAUUAUAUGAUGCAGUUCCAUUUCCAUUAUUUAAGUAUUUGGAUUUUCAAGGGCAUAUUAAAUUGAAGAGAAUUCAUAAAGAUAUAGAUGGUGGUCUUCAAAAUUGGGUGGAUGACCAUAUUAAGAAGGCAGAAAUUGGCAUUAAUCAUGAGAAUCAAGAUGUUAUUGAUGCCUUGCUUAAUGUGACAAAUUUUGAUGAGUUCAAGGCCUAUGGUUAUUCUCAAGAAACUGUCAUCAAGGCAACAGCAAUAAUUCUAGAUGGAGCUGACACUACUGCUGUGCAAUGGACAUGGUUAAUGUCCUUAUUGUUGAACAAUCCAAAUGUUAUGAAACGUGCCCAAGAGGAGACAGAUAUAAAAAUUGGUAAAAAGAAGUGGAUAGAAGAGUCUGAUGUUCAAGAUUUAGCCUAUUUACAAGCUAUAACUAAAGAAGCAUUGUGUUUAUAUCCACCUGCACCUUUGUUAGCACCUCAUAAAGCAACAAAAGAUUGUAAAAUACUUGGUUAUGAUGUUCCAAAAGGAAGACGGUCGUGCCCGGGGAUGAAAUUUGCAACAAUUGUUACACUCCUCACUUUUGCUCGUUUGCUUCAAGGUUUUGAUUUUAGUACACCAUCUAACAUGGCAGUUGACAUGAGAGAAGGCUUAGACAUUAAUAUGCCUAAGGCAACUAUUUUGGAGGUAUUUAUUACCCCUCGUUUGCCUUCUAUGAUGCAUUGA